AUGGCUGCACCACCCGCACCGACAGGCGGGACAAUACCGCUGACGGAAUACCGUCGUGAUGUACCGCCAGGAUGGUCUCCCGGCGACUCAGGGUACACGCUGAGGAGUUACCUGGAGAAGCUGCGGUUAUGGUACCGCAUAUGUUCGCUGGAGGACGAACAUGUGGGCCCUGUGAUCGCUGGAAGGUUGUAUGGCAGAGCUCACCGCAUUGCCAUGCAGCUGAGGGUCCCUCGACCUGACGGCAACGUGGACCAAGGAGAUGCCGCGCUGGUGAGGCUUCCGGUGGACGAGGUGCGAGACCCCAACACCAAUGAGGUGAUCCAACAGGCGAUCCCGUCUGGAGUGCAGUUCCUGGUGAAUGCACUACGCCAGGCAUUCGGCCAGAUGGACCAAGACUUGGCGACGGCUGCACUGGAAAGCUUCUUCAGCUUGUCAAAGCAUGGAAGCAAGCUGAGCCUGUCGGAGUUCUCAGUGGAGUUCGACAGCCGCUAUGAAGAAGCUCAUGAACGUGCAGGACUGCAGCUGAACGACGUGGCCAAGUACUACCUGUGGUUCAAGGGAUCUGGAUUGCCGCCUCGCACCAUCGACGACAUCAAGCUCCAGGUGAACGGAGACUUCCGGAGGUUCGAAGAUGCCAGAGCUCUAGCCCUUCGCAUCACCCCCAACAAGGAGACCAAGGAGAACGAGAUCUUCUACGGCCAUGAUGAAGAUGAAUGGUGGUAUGAUGCGGAGGAGUACAACCAGUACUAUGAGACGGCUGCUGACUACGACGACUACUAUGCCGACGAGUACGACUGGUGGUAUGGCUAUGAAGCUGAUGGAGAUGGACCAGGUGAAUGGGUCUACGAGGACGCCGAUGGCUAUGAGUGGCAUGAGGAUGAUGCUACAUGGGAGUCCGAUGGACACAACACCACAACAUCAGCCAAUGUGGAGCCCGAGAACACCGAGGGAAAGUUCCGCAACAAAGGCUUCGGCAAGAGUUAUGGCAAGAAGGGCAGAGGCAAGAACCACUGGUACACUGGAACGAAAGCCCUGGACCUUCGAGAAGGUAUUCCGGAUCACACUACUUCGACUUCAUCGUCUUCGCACAGCACCCUCUUCGUCAAGGACAAGAUCCAGUCGAAUGUUGCCGGCAAGACGAUACCAGAGAAGCAUGUGAUCCACACCUCAUCCGAGGAAGAAGACUUCAUGUCCCGGAGGAAUCCCAACAAGGUCUUCGCUACAUCUACGACGAGCUCUACGGAUGGGAAUGCCAUGGAAGAGAUGAUCAAGCCAGAGAAGCAGCACUCCUUCAACUUUCCGACCUUCCACAACACCUACACGGAUGGUCAAUACUUCUCUGUGAAAGGUGAGAAAAGGUAUGGUCUAUUGAUAGACCCUGGAGCUGCUUCAGGACUGGUGGGAUCCGACACCUUGCGAGAGCUGGUUGAUCAAUGUGUGAAGCCUGCAGGACGUCAAGGAGAGAUGGUGAUCGACCACGGCAAGGUUGUCCCAGUCAGUGGCAUCAAUGGAACCACUGAAAGCACUUUGGGUCAGGUGACAGUACCAUUGGUUAGUGGAGGUCAUGCUCUGACCUACACCGCUGACGUGCUUGGUGGUGAAGGAUCCUACUGUCCCGCUUUGGUUGGAAACCCAGCGCUGAGAGACAUGAAUGCAGUCAUCUUCAGCAACUGGUUUCAAGGAGGUGAUGGCUUGAUCAUGGUUGGAGCGCCUCAGGACGACAUCAUGCAUCACCGCAUGUUCAGGCUGCUCCUCACCGACAGUGGGCACUACAUGCUGCCGACCGACCAGGGCAACUCUGAGAAAGUUCCAGGUCAAGCCAAGCGAGAAGCAGCCCUUUUCUGUGCCAAGGCUGCUGCAAGAUCCACUGAACUGUGGACCGAUGUUCAUCCCAGAGUUCAGCACUGCUUCGUGUCCAAUGUGGGCAUGCAGGCAGGAGUUGACCGGGGUGGAGACAGCAAAAUUGGUGAAGGCGAAAACAAUGAAGCCAGUGAAGAAUCGGUUGAAGAUUCUGGCAACAACCCCGACGGAAUCGGCAAGAUUGGUGGCGAUGGCUCACAACUUUCUUCAGGACAUCAACCUGUGGAGCCGCCGCCUACAUGCAGUGAAUCGACCAAGAAGGUUCGCUUCAACGAUCAGCCACCGACAGAAGAUGCAGUGACCAAACAGGUCGUGGACAUCGAGCCCAAGAACACCGGAGGUGGAAAAGUUUCACAACCGGCCAUUUUGGCCCCAGAAGAGGCAAGGGUCUCUUCUCACGACAUCAUUUACUACGACAAGGUCGACGUCUUGGACAAGACCCCUGCGGAUGAUGAACCCUACGUGGAGGACAAGUUCCCUGAGGAUGCAGACUUGGCCAAGCUCAACAGGCGCUACAAGGCCGUUCCUGAAGAGUUCUACUCAAAGACAGGUUUGCAUCCGGUCACACCACAGAACUUUGGAUCUUGGUUUGCCAAGGCCAAGGGCCGCAAGCUGAAGUGGCACAUGUGGGAGCUUGCAAGUGGUUCAGGUCGACUCAGCCUGAUCUGUCUGAUGGCAGGUCUGAUCGUGGGCUUCCCCGUGGACUACCGGUAUGGCUGGGACCUGAACAACCCAUUGCAUCAGAAGAUGCUCAGAGCCAUUCAGAAGGAGUUCCAACCAGGCUACAUUCACCACAGCCUGGAUUGUGCUCCAUGGUCACAGGCUGGCAAUACCAAGGAUCCUCAAGAACGACUAUACAAGAGCGGAUGCAAGCAAGACCUUCUCUCGACUUCACAAUGGAAACCUGCUGGGAACAACAUCGACAUCAUCGAGGUUAUGGUCUUGAACAACCCUGGGGAAAAUGGCCAACCUGUUCAGAAGGCAACUGGUCUUGGUGGCAAUGUCAAGUGGACACGCACCUGCUUGAGAUGCAGUGGACAUGGAGGCCGCCAACAUGCUCAACUACAAGGUCAAGCUCCUGGAGGCUUCAGUCGCACUGCUGCAGCUGCUGUGUACCCCAAGACAAUGUGCCAGAGGAUGAAACAAGACAUUGUGGCCUUCCUGAAUCAGCGCAACUUGAUUAAGUUGCCCAAAUGGCCCAAGGACCUGAUCUACCACAACAUCUCACAUCACUAUGAGUGCGUCAGGUGUCAACUUGGAAGAGCCUGUCCCAAAGACAUUCCACACACGAUGAUACCGAAACAAUGCAGGCAUGGAAAGUGGGCACCUGGCACCAGUGAUCCGAAGUCGAAGGCAGCACCAGUUGAUCCUGUCAAAGACUGGACGAAACGAGCUGAUGAGGAUGUGCUGCCGGCCAUACAGCUGGAAGAUCGGAUGAAUCCCCCAUUGACCACACAUCAGAGGCACUACCUGAAGAAGCUGCUCCUGGAGACUGUGAAUGCCACUCUGGGCAUCUUCAAUGAAGCCACUGGCAUGCUGGACUACAAGCACUGGUUGGAAGACGCAGUGCGUAUGGUGCUCUUCAAGCACAUCUUCAAGGAGCACUUCGUGGUCAAGGGCGUUCUUCUGGAGUUGAGGCCAUUCUGCAGAGACAACGCUGAACCUCAACUGACCUUUCAGUCAUCCUAUCUGAGGUUGCCCAUACAAGGAUCUGUCAAGGACUGGACUAUUGGACCUCUACAAGAUCUACGAGAGAUGAGUCACAAUCAGAUCCAUGAGGCAAUUGAUGAGGAGAACUGGAUGGUCACUUUGUAUGGCAUUGAGCCAGAGCUGGUGCCUUCACCAUCGACACCAUCUUCACGACCACGGAAGAUUCCACCACAACCUGGACUACCUCCACGGCAAGAUGACAGUCUUGGUGAAGCGCAAGUUCUGGAGCGACCCACUGCAGAAGGUGAGUCACCUAUGGUGGACACACCCUAUGAGGCUGCAGAGGAGUUUGAGGUGGCACCCAGAGAUCAGAUCAGGCCAAUUCGGCCAAACUACAACCUCAAGAUGGUUCUCAGGAGACUUCCCAAGCUCUAUGCCGAGGAGAACUAUGCCAAGUGCAAGCAGUUGCUGCUGGGCUUGCAUGAGCGCAUGUGGCACUCUCCUUCCGGAGAUUUCUGCAACCUCCUACGGCGAGCUGGCAUGGAACCCGAGCUUGUGAAGCUUGCCGACGAGGCCAUCAAACAAUGUGCAGUGUGCCGCAAGUUUGUCCGAUUGCCAAACCGGCCACAGAUGCGUGCCAGAGGAGCCAACGUCUUCGGCCAAGCAGUUCAACUUGACCUGCUCAACUGGGAAGGCAAUUGGUUCAUGCUCCUGGUGGACGAGGCCACUCGAUUCAAAGCUUGUGGAACCAUCCAAGGACAAGCUGCUGAUGACCUGCUUCAAUUUGAGAGGCUCAACGUGGAGCGACAGCCUCGUGGCACCACUGCAGGCCAUGGAGCUGAACAGCAUACUGGCACUGGCAUCGUGGAACGACACGUUCAACUCAUGAAGCUGACGAUGUACAAACUUCGUGCUGAACUCCAACGUCAAGGUCUCAAUCCACAACCAGAGGAGAUCGGCCGAGAGAGCGCUAUGGCUCAGAACCUCACUUUGAGCUACAAGGGAGUGACUCCUGCAAUGGCAGUUUUCGGAGUACUACCCCGAGGCUUCUACGAGAUCGAGUCUGAGGGCAUCAUGAGCUAUGAAGGAUCAGUUCAGACAGAUGUCACCGUCUUUGAACGGGCAAUGCGCAUCAGGCAAUCCGCAUUGGCCCAGGCUCAACAAGCAGUGGUCGAAGACCGUGUUGCCCGGGCGAGCCGAACGAGGCCGCAUCAGCUUGAUCUCAGUGCUCUUACAGCUGGCACAUCGGAGGUUGAGUUCUUCAGAGAAGUCAAGGACGACCCUGGCUGGAGAGGACCUGCUCUACUUCUACGGCUAGACGCUGAUGAUGGAGUAGCAGUCAUCCAAUACCAGGGCAAGCCCUAUCUGGUGGCACUCAGGCACAUCCGACCAUUCAGAGGCAUUUACCAUGUGGCUGUCCAGAAGCCGGAGGUCGACGACAUGCUCUACAAGAUCAUGCGCUAUGUGGAGUCCCUCACGGACUACAAGGUCUACCUCUAUGGCUGGGUUCGAGAUCGCCAAGACAAAUGGAUUCAACUCCCAAAGAACAACGAGGAAGCCAACCGAACUCUGCAGAAGCUUCCGACACUACAUGGAUGUCUUCUUGGAAAAGCUCUUCGAAGUCUGAAGCCACCGACAAACACCACUGGGAUCCUUAUCACUUGGAUUCAGAGCGGUCGCAACUAUGCAGUGCAGGAGCACAAGUCAGAUAGGCACAUCAAGAUGAAGAAGAUCACAACACAUCCGAGAGAAGAUGUGUGCCUUCUGUACCUGUACUACUACAACCAACAGAUGGCUGAAGAGCAGAGCGAUUGUCCUAUGAGGCCAACAUCCACUACGAGUUCAACGAACCCUGCACCGGUGCAACGCACCGAAAGUUCUGCCAGCAUGGAAGCUGAGAAUGUGCCGAAGAAGCGAGAUGGACCUGAGACUCGCACUGUGGUGAUUUCUCCAGAGAAGAAACGGCAGAAGAUGGAGUACGUCCGGAAAGACUUCGAAUUCAUCCAGAACUACUAUGCUGCCGCCAAGUACAAGGACGUGGUGCAACUGGACUUGAGCGUGGAUUGGCGCUAUGGCUAUGACAUCAUGGUGGAGACCACUCGCAACUUCCUCACCAUGCACAUGGAGAAGGAGCGCAAGGCCAUGGGCUACUUGUUCCACAUCGCCUACAAGAGUGAUCAUUCUGCAAUGGCCUGUCUUCGAUCUGGAGAGAUCUACAAGGUUGACACGGAGACCAGCACCUUUGAGGACCAUGAGAUCGACCCCAAAUGGUGGCCACAGAUCGAGGAGGCAGACCGCAGUGAAGUUCAGCAGUUUGUGGACGAGAAGGCAUUUCGGCCUAUACACCGUCUUCAGAUGACGGCAGACAUGGUCAAGAUCGACACCAAGUGGGUUCGAAAAUGGAAGAGGUUGCCAUCAGGGCAACUCAAGAUGAAGAGCAGGCUGUGCGCCAGAGGCUGCUUGGAUCAGCAGAAGUCACAGCUGACCACAAGGAGCACAACAGCUACCCGUCUUUCUCAACGACUUCUGGUUUCAACUGCAGCUCGGAAGAGGAGAUCCAGGAAAACCAUCGAGUCCUGGGACAUCGCUGGAGCUUUCUUGAAAGGCUUCGACUUCAAGGCCAUCCAGAAAGCCUUGAGGAAAUUGGGUCUUUCUGCUCCGACCCGAGAAGUGGUGAUCUUUCCACCAAUGAACGUGUGGCGACAUCUACAGGCAAUCAGUGCGGAAUUUCGAGUUCCUGAACACUCUCUACACGAACAUGGGCUGCUGGCACUGAAACCCAUCUAUGGACUCAAUGACGCACCUCUUGCAUGGCAACUAUCGCUGCACUCCUUCCUGGUGGACGACCUGGGAGCCAAUCGAUCCAAACUGGACGAGAACAGCUUCGCCUUCAAGACUGCCAACAAGGACAAGAUCGACACCCUGGACAAUCUGGAUGCGAUGAUCACUACACAUGUGGACGACUUGGCAGUGAUGGGCGAGCAGAAGUGGCUGGACCAACACUAUCAGAAGUUUGUGGACCGUUUCCAGAAGGUUAGCCGCCAAAAGCUUCCUUUUGACCACUGUGGAUGCACUUACAGCCAGACUGAGGAUGGCUUCGCAAUCACACAGAAGGACUUUGCCAUGAAGCUCAAGCCGGUGAAGAUUCCUGCAAGAGCUGAUGAAUCCAAGCUCUCCGCAGAGGAGAUCACAGAGCUCAGAUCGGCAUUGGGAGCUUUGCUGUGGAUCACAGCUACAAGGCUGGACAUCAUCUCUGAUGUCUCUCUUCUUCAAGCACGAGUCACUAUGGCAGAGAUCAGAGACCUCAAGACGGCCAACUUGGUGAUUGAGAAGGUGAAGCAGUUCGCAGAUGCUGGACUGCACUACCGGUACUUCGAGACCGAGAACCAGAGGAUUGUCUGCGUCCACGACGCAUCAUCGUCGUCGAAGGGACGCCACUAUGCUCAAGAAGGAGUUCUGGUGAUGAUGGCCGAUGAUGGAUGGCGACAUCAGACCGUCGAGCAUGAGGAGGUCUUCACCGACGAAACCGUCACAAGACACGGUGGAAUUAUGCAUGUGCUCUACGCACACGGUUCCAAGGCGAAAAGGGUGAGCUACAGCACCAGCCACGCAGAGACACUCUCAAUGGUCAAUGGGAUAGAAUCCACAACUCUCAUUACUACCAGAAUCAGUGAACUGAUGCAUCAUGUACCUGCACCAGAUCUCAAACAACUGGUUGUUUUGCAGGAGAACGGAAACCCCAGUUUGCCUGGUGAUUUCUACAUGGACUGCAAUGACCUGUGGCAGUUGAUAACAGGUCAGAAAACGUUACCACAAGACAAGGUUCAGAGGCUGUAUGUCUUGGGAAUCCGAGAGUGCCGACUGGUUGGACGUUUGCGGCUCUUGACUCUCGUCCCCACGACCGCAAUGCUCUCGGACGCUCUCACCAAAGCCAUGGUUUCUCCACAGCUCCUACGGCUGCUGACGUGUGGCAAGGUGGACUUCCACAACGUGCCGGAUCACCCAGUGAAGACGAGGACUUUGCCGACUCUGCCCAUCGAAGAGGAGUCGGACCUUCUACUCACGGACGAGGAGGUCAUGAAGGUGGCAGAGCUGAAGCCGAAUAAGGUCACUACGACCGCGGCAUCAAUCAUGCUGGGUUUGAUCGCAGGAGCAACUUCCCAGAAGCUGAUGGUAGCUUCGACUAUGGCUGCUAUGACAACAGCAGCCACCGCACAACCUAUCGGUGGCAACAAUGCGGAUGAUGGAGAUCACGGAGGACAUCUGGCACUCUAUGUCACGCUCUUCCUGACCGUGGUCCUGGCGAUCAUCGUGGAGAAGAUCAUUUCUGGUUUCUUCAAGAACACACCAACGGCACAUCUGAUCGUGCCCAAGGUGGAGCAGAUCCGUGCACCACCGAUGAAACGAGAUCGAGUAGGAGAUGAAGCAGAAGAGAUGGCGAGCCCGGUGGACGCUAUGGAUGUGGAUGAAGUGAAAAUGGAAGACUUGCCAAUGUCUCCAACGACGGCAAGACUUUUCUACGAGCGUGCCAAGAAGAUCCACGAGGACUAUGUCAAGCUCUCCGAGGAGAAGAUCCAGUCCAAGGACGACGAGGUUUGGCGAGCCUACAACGACGUCGAGUUCUACAAGAGCCAGAUCGACGAGGAGAAGGAGAUGCUCAAGAACAUGACCACGAACCGGGACAUCUUCCGCCACGACUGUGCUAUGUGGCAUGACCGGUUCGACAAGAAGGCCGAAGAGUUCAAGGACCUGGAGACCAAGUACCACGACGAGGAGCAGAAAUACCAACAGAUGUCAGACCUCUACAACGAGGCCGUUCGGAUGAAGCACGAGGUCGAAGGCCAGAUGAAGCGUGCUGACCAGGACAAGAACAAGGCCAUCGCCGACUUCAAGGACAUGAAGAUCAGGUGGCAAACGCAGCUUGGUGAAAGCCGCAAGCAGGAGAAUGAGAAGAAGGAAUGGAAGAAGAAGUAUGAGGACCUGGUAGCAGAACGCCAGGCUGAGAAGGCUGCAGCUCAGCGGAACCCGGUGGACCCGCAAGAGCUGAAUGUCCUGGGAAAACGGCUCAAAGAGGGCCUGAAGAUGAGCAUCAACGAGCUGGAGACGCUCAACCUGAAGCUGAUGCGCGACAACGAAUGCUACCACAAGGCCAACCGCGAGCUGAUGGACAAGGUCGCAUUGGCCAAAGCGCCAGCUGAGGUAGUGAUUUCCAGGCACGGAACGUGCUAUCACGCCCUGGGAUGCGGCCAUGCACCCGGUGAUUCUAGCAAGUUUCGCAAGUGUAAAGACUGCUUACCAUGA